UAUUAUUUAUGUAUACCAAUUAUUGUCAUCGGAUAUGUGGAGUUUGCUCGUUUUGGUACUUUCCUUACAAAACUUUACUUUAAGAAACCUGCAAUUGGUGCUUGUAUAUGUCGAAUACUUGUUAUCGUUAUUCUUGUGAUUAAACGAACAGAAUGUUUCAUAGCAAACAGUGAAAGCUACAUGAAACACAAAGCAGGUCUUCACAAAAACCAUUUUUUUGACACUCUUCAUAUCUUUUUGACUGGAUCAUUAUGUGCAAUUUUGUAUAGAGAAAUAAUUCGUCUUGGAUUGUUGCCAUUGAGCUUAGAAGAAGAGGAUAUUCUGACCGAUAAAUCAAAUAGUUGUAAUACACCUACAAGACUGAGUUUUAUUAAAUUAAUUAUUAGUAAAUUACCGAGUCGACAUAAGUUUGCAAGAUGUUUUUUUGAUUUUGGAUGUUAUUUCUUAGUUCUCUUGAAGUUUUGUUCAUUGCCUCAUCCAGCUGCAAAAAUUUUUGGCUUACCUCACAAUAUUCAUGGACUGUUUUUAGAAAGAACAAAACUUGGUGGUUUGCUCGACGCAAUGCUAAUUCUUUUUGGUCUCUUCUCCCAUAAAGGCUCUUUUGUAAAGGCACUUUCUUGUAAUCUUUUACGUUUUUGUGGACAAAUUUCAUUUAGUAUAUAUUUAUUACAUCCAAUUUCAUUGACAUUGGUGAACGAAUAUGUACCCUCUGUUGGAUAUAAAGCGGCAAAGAAUGAACCAAAUGGAGAUGAGAAAGCUGAUUUGAUGUUGGAUGCGUUGAUGAUAUCAUUUGUGACAACAAUUAUUUUAUCAUGGAUCUACUUUAAAUGUGUUGAAAGGCCUUCUAUGAAUUUAGCUAACUAUAUUGCGAAGAGAUGGUUAAGUGAGGCGAA